CGAGGUUCCUGUUGCCGGCGUUGCCUCUAUUGUGACCCUCGGGUUUGAACUCCCCUCAGUGCCACUGUCACAAAGCAGAUUUUCUCUUCCCCGUCUUAACAAGAAAAGAUUUACCAGCCAAACCCUCUUAGAGAUUCUUGUUUGCCGUUCCCGGGAGGAAUCGCUGUAUCUGGGGCAGCAGGAAGCCAUGCCUUGAGCGCCGUGCUUUAGAGACACUUCACUGGGGAAGCAGCUCCCGUGAAAUCCGCGGCUCCGGCGAUGUUGCCAGAGCUGUAGGGAGAAAGAGCAGCCUGGAAAGCAGCUCGCAUGCAAAACAUUAACAUUCUGUGCUGCCGGGAGUCUGACGAGGCCGGCUCCAAGUGGGCAAAGGAUCGGGGGUACGAGUGGCGGAGGAUUGCACGAACAGCGUGAAUGACAGAGGAGGUGCCCCCGACUGCACUGACGGACGUGAACCUGCGCCUGCUGUGCCACGAUGACAUAGACACAGUGAAACAGCUCUGUGGAGACUGGUUCCCAAUAGAGUACCCUGACUCAUGGUACCGAGAUAUCACCUCCAACAAGAAGUUCUUUUCCCUCGCAGCCACGUACAGAGGCUCCAUCGUGGGCAUGAUCGUGGCGGAGAUCAAGAGCAGGACGAAGGUGCACAAGGAGGAUGGAGACAUCCUAGCUUCCAAUUUUCCUGUGGACACUCAAGUUGCUUACAUCCUAAGUCUUGGAGUGGUGAAGGAGUUCAGAAAACAUGGAAUAGGUUCACUCUUGCUGGAGAGUUUGAAGGACCACAUCUCCACCACUGCCCAGGACCACUGCAAAGCCAUCUACCUGCACGUCCUCACCACCAACAACACAGCAAUAAACUUCUAUGAAAACAGAGACUUUAAACAGCACCACUAUCUCCCCUAUUACUAUUCCAUCAGAGGGGUCCUCAAAGAUGGCUUCACCUACGUCCUCUACAUCAACGGCGGGCACCCACCCUGGACAAUCUUAUAUCCUUUACAGCACAUUGGAUCCACACUAGCCAGCCUGAGCCCGUGCUCCAUUCCCCAGAGGAUAUACCGGCAAGCCCAGAGCCUCCUGUGCAGCCUCCUGCCCUGGUCUGGCAUCUCUGCCAAGAGCGGCAUCGAGUACAGCCGGACGAUGUGACCGCGGGGUGUGCGGGGAGCCCAGGGAAUUCGCAUUCUGAUCGUGUUUACUUGAGCCCAGAGCCCAACAGAAGGUGGAAUGUGCUGUCCUUCUCCUUUUCCCAGAUAUUGGAGCAGCGUGCAAGACCCUCAGAGACUGAGCCCUCAGUGUCCCAGCCCAGGAACUGGAAGCCCAUUUGCUGCCAGUGCCAUUGCAUGUCCCUGACAUUCCCAGCACUGUGGCUCCCCUGCACGCUUGGAGAGACCUGUCAUUAACACCUGCUUUCCCUACAACACCUGCCCUCUUUUCUUUCCAUAGGAUCGUUCCUCCUUCCACGUGGCCCACCCGGCUCUGCGCUGGCUCCAGUGAUGACAGCUCUUGGCCAGUGACCCAGCCCCUGGGCGGGACCCCUGUUCCACAGGGACUGACAUUGGGCAACUUCACCCUGGGGCUCAGCCCCGACCCCCGUGGGCUGGGGCGAGCCUGGGUGUCCAUCACCACUCCGUGUGCAUGUUGCACUGUCCCCACCACCUCCCUCGCCUCCAGUUUGCCCCUUCCAUACACGUGGGUUCAGCUGCUGCUCCCGCCGCUCCCAGAGCAGCUGAGGGAGGGUCAGGAACGUGCACUGAGGAACCACUGAAGGGCUGGCAGGGGAGAGGGGGAGAGUCGUGCCCUUGGUGCUGGGGAAAGGGGGAGUGAGAAUCAUGGUUUGGUCCUCCCACACCAGCUGCUCAUGUUUCCUGUGGGUAACCUGCAGGGAGGGUAACUGCCUCACAUGAGGAACUACCCAGCCCCACCAGCCCUCUGGAGUGACGUACAAAGAAGUGUAGAAUUCGGGAUGCAUUGAGUAGAAGGCAGGGAAUGAAAUUGCUAUUUCAUAGUGAAAUAUAUAUGUAUUAUAGUGUAUAGAUCUUUCUGCCUCUGUCCGAGUUGGAAUGUAGCAGGGGAGGGGAGCUGGGGGUGUAGAGUCUAGUCCAGAGCCCGUCUCCUCCCCUGUGUGUGCCCUCCCUUGGCACUGGGCUCUUGCAGGAUCUGGAGUGAUGGAAUCUGUACACGGAUCACAACAGCUUUUCCUUGCAGAGGAAGGUGCCCCCAGCUGCUCGCUGUGGUGGUCUGGGCUGUGCUGGGCUGUCCUGGCUGCAGGACCCCUCUGGCUGGGGCCAGCUGAGCCUCUGCUCACUGGCAGCUCAUGUCCAGCCUGUGUGGAGGGCCCAGAGCUGCAGCCAGGCCCUGGGCCCUGCUACAUUCCCAUGCAAAUCCUCCUGCCCUGGCUGAGGCUCUUGCCCUGCUCAGACCGCGUUCCUCACUCCCCUCCCAUUGUGUCACUGGAGCAGAGGGGUCCAAGCUCCGUCUGUGCAGGGCCUGGAUGUGCUGGCACUGCCAGCUCUGGCAGGGGCUGGGCAGGACCUGGGGGUGACUCUACAGGUCAGGCUGGGUGUUAGAAGGCCUUGCAGACUGGAUGGCCACAGAAAGCCAUGGCAGUGUCUGAGCCCUGGGGCUGGGAGGUCAUUAAUCAAAGAGCACAGGAGGGGAGGGCCCUGGACAGGAGGAAGGCCCAGGGGCUGGCAUGGACCUUCUGGGAGCAGCACAAGGCUCUUCUGGGAGGUGCUGGUCCUUCUGGGGCUCAGAGGCGUAGCUCAAUGACUGAUACAAGGUAAAAAAGUGUUUAUGAGUCAAGCUGGUGUCAGUGGCACUGGGCAGGCACCUCCUCCCCCGGCCCAGCUGCCCACAGCAGCAGAAGGGGCAGGGGCACAGUGACCCCUUCCAGCCCCAGUGCUUUCCCAGGGCCCCUGAUGCUCCUUCCAGCCUCAGUUCCACAACACCCUCAGCUGUGUUACCACUUUUCAGUCUGGGGUAUUUUCACUUAUCCACUUUUUACUUAAGCACAUCUGUUGGUUUAGAGGUUCUUUAGCAGCCCAGGCCCUUGGUUUUCCUCAGCAUUUGCCUUUUCUGGACCAGAAUGAAGCUCGUUGUCUCCUGAGUGCCUGGCACUGAAGUGUGUGUGUGUCCCUUUCCUCUCCUCCCCCUACAUGACCCCACUCCACUGCUGCAGCACUGGAGCACAUCCCCAGGGGAGCUGUGACUGGUCUGUGCCCUCCUGCCACCCUGUCCCGAGGCAUUAGCCCUGUCCCCACUUUGCAGCCCAGUAUUUAUUGAAGAGCCUCUCGCUAAAUAUCUUCAAUUAAACCAAACCUCUUUUCUGA